AUGUAUUAUAUAGUCAUGUUUCAGUGUGCUUAGACGCCUGGCACUCUCUGCAGUUGAGUAAAAAAUGAUACUGCAGUAUAUGGCAAUACCUCAUUAUUAUCUUGUAAAGGUAAAAUUUUAGUAUAGGAUCUGAUGUUAGCCUCCUCCUACCUUGUUUGUUGGCGCGAGUGUCUCCAUGUUUGGUCUCCAGGGGGAGCUCGGGUGUGCUCGUCCCGGCCUGGGUGCAUCCCACACGGGGAACUUUGUCCCACAGAGAGCAUUGCUCCGUUCAAGGCAGGGCGGGAAGAGAAGAGACAUCAUCACCUGCAGCUUUUCUCCACAGCGGACCACCCUUCUCCUUUUCGGCUUCGUGAUUUACGAGAACCGCAUUGGCGUCAAGUCCUGCUCACUGCUUGUGGACCUUCUUCCGGCUGGGAACCACAACGAUGCGCAGUCAAGCGGGAGCCCCUUGCGGACUGUCGCCGUGCACUGCCGCCGGGUUGUAGCGCGACGUGCGGCGAAUGUUCGGCGUGUCCGGCGGCCCACGGAGCCCGAGAUGCCCGUCAGGAGGAACCGAUACAACCUGGUGGACGACGUGGCGGACUCCAGGUUGCCGCUGCACAACGAGGAGGCUUACCAGCAUGGGAUCUCCUUCCAAGCCAAGUACGUGGGGAGUCUGGACGUGCCGCGGCCUAACAGUCGCAUGGAGAUCGUGGCGGCCAUGAGGAGGAUAAGGUAUGAGUUCAAGGCCAAGAACAUCAAGAAGAAGAAGGUCAGCAUUGUGGUGUCUGUGGACGGCGUCAAGGUGCUGCUGCGGAAGAAGCCCAAGAGGAAAGAGUGGACGUGGGACGAGAACAAGAUGCUGAUCAUGCACGACCCCAUUUACAGGAUCUUCUACGUGUCACACGACUCCCAAGACUUGAAGAUCUUCAGCUACAUCGCCAGGGACGGCUCCAGCAACUCCUUCCGAUGCAACGUCUUCAAGUCUAAAAAGAAGACGCUGGCCAUGCGCAUCGUGAGGACGGUGGGCCAGGCCUUCGAGGUUUGCCACAAGCUGAGUCUGCAGCACGCCGAGCAGGACGCUGACGGACAGAGUGACAAGUCCACGGAGGAGUCCGGGUGUCACGGUCGAACCCUGACAGGGGCUGAGCGAGGGGAGGAGGAUGGUAAAGGGGGACGAGGAGGAGGAGGAGGCCAAGAUGAAGAGGCAGCACCAGCCAGCGCGUCUCUGUGUGAAAAGUCCCUCAGUGGAAUCCUUCGGAGUCUGGCGGAACUCAGCGUGGUCAAACCAGGACAGACCAUCAUGGACUUCGACGGAAGGACGGUGUUUACGGUGACGUCCCAGGGCGUCGCUCCCAGCAGCCCUUGCUGCGCCUCGCUGACACCGCUGGCCUCUCAGCACUACCUGCAGCUCCUCCAGCAGCAGCUGCAGCAGCAGCAGCAGCACACGCAGGUGGCCGUGGCACAGGUGCAGCUGCUAAAGGAUCAGAUGGCGGCGGAGACGGCGGCUCGCAUGGAGGCGCAGGCCCGCAUGCACCAGCUGCUGAUGCAGAACCGAGACCUGCUGCAGCACCUGGCCUUGCUGGUGCAGCAGCUCAAGGAACUGGAGGAAGGGCCCUCCGCUAAGGCGGCACAGCCAGGACCGCAGCUAGAGCAUCCGUUGCCCCAGGAGCCUUCUGUCAACGGAUUCAUUGUUUCGACAUCAACGGGGUCGCUGUCUCUCAACCUGAAGAACCGCUGCAGCCAGACGCUGGAGCAGCUCAUCACCUCCACACCGGCGUGGCCGCCGACACACCGCACCGACACGGACGCCUUCGCCGGGGCUGAGUCCUUCCUGCUCAACCUGGAGAACACCCGCAACGACGUCGAGCUGUCGGACCCCUUCAUUAGGACCAACGGGUCAGCUGACGACAGGGAGGGCGGUAACGAGUCCAACGAGGUGGUCCCGUUCACGUCGAUGAGCUCGGCAAACAUGGAGGAAAAGCGGGCACACUUUAGCAGCUGUGUCACGUUGCCUGGAGGCCGCCGCCGAGCGCUCCGUCCGCCCGCCAUCUUCCGCCACAUCUCCCCUCUAAUAAUUGCCACUGAGUCUUUAUCUGCCGAGAGAUUUGACAGCAGCCUGGCCGUGACCUUGGUGAGUCAUCUGUCCGUUCAUCCGCCUGUCCCGCUUUUUGCCUGGCAACGCCACGCUAAAUAACAUCUGACGUGAAGAUGGAGAACCUCUCUGAAUUCAAGGAUCGCUUGUUGACGAAACCUGAAUGGCACUCUGUAGGGCCCAGACCUCUGGCAAGGCUGAGCAGUGUCCAACCGCACACACCACCUGCAUGCAAAUGCUGUCGUCCAUGAACCAGGAAGUAGACUGCUAAUGAACAAACAAAACAAAUGCAACAUUCAACACUCAUAUUAAUGUUUUUCCCCCUCCUUGUGGAGCAAAUAAACGAUGAUGGACACAUACAGUAACUUCCUUUGCUGAGGUAAUUACCCAUGAACACAUUAGCUAGUAAAUGACGCCGUAAUGGGCCUCUUCUGUCAAUCAUCAUUGCGACCUCGUCCUUGAGGGGAAAGGCUGUGAUUGGCUACUGCUUUGCUCUUUAUUGCCUCUCUGUGUUCUCUCAACAUGCUAACAGCGCAUCCCCGGCUGGUCCGUCUUUGUCAGAUUAGCUGGGAACGGACGGAGGCAGAUGUAUCCUGGAAAUCCGAACACGAAGCCAUAAUCUAAUAUAAUGUGUUUACUGCUAAUCAGCGCUAAUCACGCUUGUUUGAGCUCACCCAGUUUGCUAACAACGGCACAAAGGAUAUUGAUUGACAAUGGUCUACAGUCAGUCAGGACGCAGAACACAAUGGGCGGGUCCUCCCUUAGCCAAUAAGCUCUUUAUAAGCAGUAGUAAAUACAAUAACAGACGCUUACAACAGAGCACCGAUAGAUCACUCUAAUACACCACAAGGCCGCAGAACACAAUGCGGGACUCCAGCCAACCACAGUGAGAGCCAUUAUCCACAAAUGGCAGUAACAUGGAACAGUGGUGAACCUUCACAGGAGCGGCCAGCCAACCAAAAUGACCCCAAGACUGCAGCAAAAACUCAUCCAAGAGGUCACAAAAGACCCCACAACAACAUCCGAAGAACUACAGGCUUCACUUGCCUCAGUUAAGGUCAGUGUUGAUGACUCCACCGUAAGAAAGACACUGGGCAAAAACGGAGUUCCAAGACCAAAACCACUGCUGAACAAAAAGAACAUUAAGGCUCGUCUCAAUUUUGCCAGAAAACAUCUUGAUGAUCCCCAAGACCUUUGGGAAAAUACUCUCUGGUCUGACGAGACAAAAGUUGAUCUUUCUGGACGGCGUGUGUCCCAUUACAUCUAGCAUUUCAGAAAAAGAACAUCAUAGCAACAGUAAAAUAUGGUGGUGGUAGUGUGAUGGUCUGGGGCUGUUUUGCUGCUUCAGGACCUGGAAGACUUGCUGUGAUAAAUGGAAGCAUGAAUGCUGUUGGUGACCUCAAGCUGAAAACAACUUGGGUUGUGCAGCAGGACAAUGUUUCAAAACACACCAGCAAGUCCACCUCUGCAUGGCUGAAGACUUUGGAGUGGUCUAGUCCAAGUCCUGACCUGAAUCCUAUUGAGAUGCUGUGGCAUGACCUUAAAAAGGAAAAGCCUCCAAUGUGAAUGAAGCUGAAUGACAACAAUUCUGCUAAAUUCCUCGCCAGCGCUGGAAGAGACUCAUUGCAAGUUAUCACAAACGCUUGAUUGCAGUUGUUGCUGCUAAGGGGGGCCAACCACUUAUUAGCUUUACUUUUUCACACAGGGACAUGUAGCUUUGGAUUUUUUUUCCCUCUUAAUAAUAAAAAGUUUCAUUUAAAAACUGCAUUUUGUGUUCAGUUGUGUUGUCAUUGACUAAUAUUUACAUUUGUUUGAUCUGAAACAUUUAAGUGUGACAAACGUGCACAAAAAUAAGACAUC